CAAGACCAUGCCCAAAUGUCAAAGUAAUUGCGACGGAAUAGGACAAAUGUUUAUAAUUCAAAAAAAUCUAUUAAAUAAUGAAAAAUGAUGUGUUCGAAUAUAUUUUGCAAUAAUUAAAAGGAUUUUUUUAUUUUCGUUUCUUGCACAUGCAAUUAUUUUUGAGCACGUUUCAUAAUAAUGUCCACCCCUCUACCACCGCAACAGCAACGUCGUUCUGCUGGAGAGAGUAAAAAAUGUACACCACCGUCGAAUAUACUUACAAGAAACGGUGCACGAAAAGCAAAAAUUCAAACAAGGGCUAUGUCAGCAGGUGCUAAGCCAUCUGCCGUUAUUAUUGCUGCAAAGAGGAAGAAUUUUAAGAAGAAACAAGUUAUUGAUACACUUUUAAAGGAUUUUUACCAAAUUGCAAUGGAUUCCAAAGCAAAGGUCAAAGGUCCCACGGGCCUUGUAACAGAGCCUCGUAUGGCAGAGCACAGGUGCCUGUGGGAUGAGAAUUAUCCAGAAUGUCCGGAAAGAUUAAUUGAAGUUUUGCAGAGAUGUCGUGAGUUGAAUUUAAUAGAGCAAUGCAAGCAGUAUGCACCAAGAGCGGCGACUAAAGAAGAACUACUCACCCUACACUCGGCUUCUGUGUACGAAACUCUGGAGGCUACACACCAAAAUAAUGAUAUUGAAUAUUUAGAAGAAGUCUCUUCAAAAUAUGAUGCUAUUUAUAUACAUCCUAGUACCCACGAGCUAGCGCUCCUCGCAGCAGGUUCUACCAUCGACAUGGUAGACCGUAUUGUAAGUGGUGAGGUACAGAACGGUGCGGCUCUAGUCCGGCCUCCCGGACACCACGCCAUGCGCGCUGAACCCUGCGGCUACUGCUUCUACAACAAUGUCGCACUCGCAGCCAAACAUGCUAUUGACAAUAGAGGACUUACUAGGAUUCUGAUAGUGGAUUGGGAUGUACAUCACGGACAAGCCACUCAGCAGAUGUUCUAUGAGGACGACAGGGUGGUAUAUUUCUCUAUCCAUCGCUACGAGCACGGUAAGUUCUGGCCGAGUCUGCGUCAGUCGGACUUCAAUUAUGUGGGGGAGGGUCGCGGCAAAGGGUACAACUUCAAUGUGCCACUCAACACGACCGGUUUGGGAGACGCAGACUACCUCGCUAUAUGGCAUCAACUUCUCAUGCCUAUGGCUUUUGAGUACCAGCCACAACUGGUCAUUAUUUCCGCGGGAUUUGACUCGGCUUUGGGCGAUGAAAAAGGUGAGAUGCAAGUGACUCCCGCAUGUUAUGCGACCUUGCUGCAUUUACUGAUGUCUGUGUGCCCCGCGCUGUGCGUGGUGCUGGAGGGUGGCUACUGCUUACCCUCGUUGGCGGAAGGCGCCGCGCUCACACUUCGCACGCUGUUAGGACAUCCGCCACCAAUGCUCAUUCAAACUGGAGAACCUAGCGACUCGAUCCGCGAAUCGAUACUAAACUGCAUUUACGUACAGAAGCCAUAUUGGCGUUGUUUCAAAUAUCAGCCUACGUACAAUGUAGGCAAUGUAUUGGAGAUCAGCGACGAAGUGAAACAGAAGCAUAUAGUCGUACACAAGUGGGAGGGAGACGAAACUAGACCUGACAAGUUCGCUACUAGAGAUUGCUAUCCGAUGCAAGACAACGAGACAAAGAGAAAAAAUGAGGAUAGAUUGAAUCAUUUAAGGAUAGUAACGGACUUAUCAUUACCUCAGCACGCUGUGUGUUACAUUUUCGACGAAGCUAUGCUCAAACAUAAAAAUAUUUGCGAGCCAGCUCAUGUGGAGUGCCCGGAGCGUAUAAUGCGCAUCCACGAGCGGCUCCGAGACUUCGGGCUGCUGCAGCGCCUGCACCCGCUGACCGCGCGCCCCGCCACAGACCACGAGAUACUGGCCGUUCAUACACAGAAGCAUCUCGAUAGACUAAAAGAGUUGGCGAGUACCAAACUGCGUUAUCUAAACAGUCAGAAAGAUGAUUACAACUCAGUGUACUUCCAUCCGGAUACACUGGAGAGCGCAGCUGUGGCCGCCGGAUGUGUUUUACAGACGGUAGAUGCAGUUUUAAGUAAAGUAGCGGGUGCGGGUGUAUGCGUGGUGCGUCCGCCGGGACAUCACGCGGACGCGGAUGUACCGAGCGGGUUCUGUUUACUGAACAACGCGGCGAUGGCGGCCAAGUACGCGGCGCAGGCGCACGACGUCAACAGAUUGCUCAUACUGGACUGGGACGUACAUCAUGGGAAUGGCACACAGAAGAUCACUUACGAUGAUAAUAGAAUUCUGUACAUUUCGAUACAUCGUUACGACAACGGUACCUUCUUCCCUCACUCGAAGGACGCAGACUACGUGGCAGUGGGGGAGGGGGCGGGGGAGGGGUACAAUGUCAAUAUUCCCUGGAAUAAGCGUGGAAUGGGUAACGCGGAGUACAUGGCGGCGUUCACACAAGUAGUGCUGCCCAUUGCCUAUGAAUACAAUCCGGAGCUGGUCAUUGUCUCCGCAGGAUUUGACGCCUGUAUCAAUGAUCCAUUAGGCGGUUGCAAAGUGUUACCAGAAUGCUACGGACGGAUGACACAAAUGUUGAAAGGAUUAGCGGGAGGCAAAAUUAUCCUCUGCUUAGAGGGCGGAUAUAAUAUAGUGAGCACUUCGUACGCUAUGACAAUGUGCACAAAAGCCUUACUCGGAGACCCCAUAGAGUUCAAUUACAACCCAGAAGAAGAAAUCCACUGGUCCGCCGUAGAAACUAUAAAUAACGUCAUCAAAACACAAAAGAAAUACUGGAAAAAUCUCAAAUUCCAAUUAGCGCUACCGAUAAAGAACGUUCUAGACAAACCUUCACCUUCUAGAGGUUUAAUUGUCAGCAGUCCAGUUCCGCAAAAGUCACUGUCAUCAAAUGUCACUUCUAAAUCAUCCAAUGGUCUGCAAUCACUGGAAAGUGAUAUGAUGAAUUUGACCAUAAACAAAUGUGCAGAUGGUAUACACUGUGGUACAGAUGACGAAGAAGAUAACGGUACAGAUAAAAAUGCGGGUUGUUCGAAAUCUUCAGGUGAGGGUAGUUCUAAAACUGUCUCAGACAAAGGUAACAAAGAGAGUGAGAAACAAACUCUUGUGGAUUAUUUAUCAGAGAAUAUGCAGGCUCUAGUUGAUGGGGAGAUGUUUGCAGUGGUGCCAGUGCCGUGGUGCCCACAUUUAGAUACUCUGUUCGCUAUACCAGAGUCGGUUAAGUUUGAACAAGGCGUCAAAUGUGUGGAUUGCGAAGAGAAGGAUGAGAAUUGGGUGUGUCUGCAUUGUUAUGUUACUGCAUGCGGUCGCAGUAUAAACGGGCACAUGCAAGCGCACCACAGAGCAACUCAACACCCGUUAGUCCUCUCCCUCCUCGACCUGUCCGUGUGGUGUAACAUUUGCGACGCGUAUGUCGACAACCCACUGCUCUAUGACGCUAAGAACAACGCACAUAAAUGUAAAUUCGGCGAAGACAUGCCAUGGUGUUAUAAAACAGAUAUACAUAUGGCAUAAUGUACAUGAAUAUUUCAGGGUCGUAUUAACCUAAAGGUGCAAGGGCGCCUGGCUUUAGAGGCGCCCGCAAAAACGUUUUACUUUAACUCGGGCGCCCAAUAUGUUAAUACGGCCCUGGUAUCUUGAAUACUAUGUAUUAUAAUUAAAUUCCAUUUCUGGAAUUCAGCUAUAUUUAAUUUACUACCAUCAUAUUUAUAUGUCCUGUCAAACCUGGAUUAGCGAGAAUCCAAG